AUGAUUUUUAUUGGUGUUGAUUUGCUCCGUCUGCUUUUACUGCAUGCGACAGAUGAAUAUUUGCGCCCCAUUUUGUCUGUUCAAGGUAAGUAUUUGAAUUUUUCUUCUGUUUUUAGGCUUCUUCGAGGAAAACUAACGAUAAAUUUAGCAGAAAAAAUAUUUUUUGGUCGGCAGACACCUAAAAUAUUUGCUUUCCAGAAACGGACGAGAUGCAAUCGAUUAUGGAAAUAUUAUGCGAGGUGCGUUCGAAGCGGGCCCGUCGUGGAUCAGACAUCGCGGAUAAUUCUUCAAACAACUCGUCAACUGCAAUGUUUUCAUCGCUCAACUCGGCUUCUGUUGUGAGUAUUUCGUCUUCAUGGCGGACAAUUUGGAGGAUUUCUUCCGGGAGAAUGUUGGUAUCGUCCUUCCAAAGUCCGUCUGGAUGGUUUUCAUCUGCAUUCCGGUGCUGGGCUUCUGUUCCAUUCGAAAGCUCUCGAAAUUGGGGCCAUUCGCAACCGCAGCCAACGUGAUUUACUUGGGCGCAGUGGCGAUUGUGGUAUAUUUCUUCUCCAGCAACCUGAAAUCGACGGAUGAGCUGACGAAAUGAAGAGAAUUGCGGGAUUUGCCACUGUUCUUCGGCACUGUGAUGUUCGCCUUCGAAGGUGUUUCGGUGGUAAGUUGGGUUUGAAAUUUUUGAUUCCGCCUUUAGAUCAUCGAGAAUCGAAUGCAAUGCCGGCAGAAUUUUAUUCAGUGGAAUGGAGUGCUGAAACCUUCUUGAGGAAGCCACAAUCGGAGAAGUGAAUAAAGUAAGUCAUUAAUUUCCAUUUUAUUAUUGCUUAGGUUCAGUUUUUGCAUAAUGAUGUCGUAUUUUAGCAGACUCCAAUUUUGGAACCAUUUGGAACCAGUCAACGACCCACACCGCAAUCUUCCAACAGUGGACUUGGAAGCAGAAACCAGUUUGGAGAGCGUCCUCGGUUCCAAUCCUCCAAUCCAAUGUUUGGAGGAAGCCGCCCAUUGGAAACCGAUCGUCCAUCCACGUCGGGACAUCGCCAACGGCCAACGACGCAACCCCAACUGGAAGACGAUGUGUUUGAUGAGGAGAAAGAACGAUGGAAACCGUAA